GCCUCCCGAGCAGGGAGCGGGCGCAUGAUGGCGGCGGCGGCGGCGGGGAGCGCCAGGAGCGCCAGGAGCGCCAGCAGCGACAGCAGCGGCGGCGGCGGCGGCGGCAGCAGCAGCAGCGACACGUCCAGCACCGGCGAGGAGGAGAGGAUGCGGCGCCUCUUCCAGACGUGCGACGGCGACGGCGAUGGCUACAUUAGCAGAAAUGACUUGUUGAUGGUCUGUCGCCAAUUGAAUAUGGAAGAGUCUGUGGCUGAGAUCAUGAACCAACUGGGCGCUGAUGAAAAUGGGAAGAUUUCCUUUCAGGAUUUUACAAGGUGCCGCAUGCAGCUCGUCAGAGAAAUUAGGAAGGAGGAAGUAGGCCUUUCUGAGAAGUCAGACAAUUCCUGUAAAAAGAAGAAGUUGAGGGACAGAAUUGCUUCCUGGCCCACGAGCAGUGACAACAGUUUGGGUGCCUUAUCAGCGGCCAGGGAAAGCUGGGAAUACGACUCGGGAGCCAGGGACCUCCAGAGCCCGGACUUGCAGAGUCAGUCAGCCCUACAGAAGCUUCUCGAGUAUGGGGGAGGCUCUCUGCGUCAGCAGGUUGCUGCUCUCCACAAGCUGCUCACACAGUCCCCGCGUUGUGGCGACUCUGUAGGAGGAAGCUAUCUAGAGCUGGCCAACACGCUUCACUUGGCAGCCCUGGCAUCACUCAAGGGAGAUAUAGUGGAGCUUAAUAAACGUCUGCAGCAAACGGAGCGGGAACGGGACCUUCUGGAGAAGAAAUUGGCCAAGGCACAGUGUGAGCAGUCCCACCUCAUGAGAGAGCAUGAGGACGUCCAGGAGCGAACGACGCUUCGGUACGAGGAACGCAUCACCGAACUCCACAGUAUCAUCGCUGAGCUCAAUAAGAAGAUAGACCGUUUGCAAGGCACCACCAUCAGGGAGGAGGAUGAGUACUCAGAACUGCGAUCGGAACUCAGCCAGAGCCAGCACGAGGCCAAUGAGGACUCCCGCAGCGUGGACCAAGACCAGACCUCUGUCUCCAUCCCUGAAAACCAGUCCACCAUGGUCACUGCGGACGUGGAUAACUGCAGCGACCUGAACUCGGAGCUGCAGAGGGUGCUGACGGGGCUGGAGAACGUGGUCUGCUGCAGGAAGAAGAGCAGCUGCAGCCUCUCGGUGGCAGAGGUGGACAGACACAUCGAGCAGCUCACCACUGCCAGUGAGCACUGUGACCUGGCUAUUAAGACAGUGGAGGAGAUCGAAGGGGUCCUUGGCCGGGACCUGUAUCCCAACCUUGCUGAAGAGCGGUCUCGAUGGGAGAAGGAGCUGGCUGGGCUGAGGGAAGAGAACGAGAGCCUGACUGCCAUGCUGUGCAGCAAAGAGGAGGAGCUGAACAGGACCAAGGCCACCAUGAACGCCAUCCGGGAGGAGCGGGACCGGCUGCGGAGGAGGGUUCGAGAGCUUCAAACUAGACUGCAGAGCGUGCAGGCCACAGGGCCCUCCAGCCCUGGCCGCCUCGCUUCCGCCAAUCGCCCUGUUAACCCCAGCACCGGAGAGCUCAGCACGAGCAGCAGUAGCAACGACGUCCCCAUCGCCAAGAUUGCUGAGAGAGUGAAGCUAUCAAAGACCAGGUCCGAAUCUUCAUCGUCUGAUCGGCCAGUCCUGGGCUCAGAAAUCAGCAGCAUAGGGGUAUCCAGCAGUGUGGCGGAGCAUCUGGCCCACUCUCUUCAGGACUGCUCCAACAUCCAAGAGAUCUUCCAGACACUCUACUCCCAUGGAUCUGCCAUCUCGGAAAGCAAAAUUAGGGAGUUUGAGGUGGAAACGGAACGGUUGAAUAGCCGUAUCGAACACCUCAAAUCCCAAAAUGACCUUCUGACCAUAACCCUGGAAGAAUGCAAAAGCAAUGCUGAGAGAAUGAGCAUGCUGGUGGGGAAAUACGAAUCCAAUGCCACCGCGCUGAGGCUGGCCCUACAGUACAGUGAGCAGUGCAUCGAAGCCUACGAACUCCUCCUGGCGCUGGCCGAGAGCGAGCAGAGCCUCAUCCUGGGGCAGUUCCGCGCGGCUGGUGUGGGGUCGUCUCCUGGAGACCCGUCAGGGGAUGAAAACAUCACUCAGAUGCUCAAGCGAGCUCACGACUGCCGGAAGACAGCCGAGAACGCCGCCAAGGCCCUGCUCAUGAAGCUGGACGGCAGCUGCGGGGGAGCCUUUGCUGUGGCCGGUUGCAGUGUGCAGCCUUGGGAGAGCCUGUCUUCUAACAGCCACACCAGCACAACCAGCUCCACGGCCAGCAGCUGUGACACGGAGUUCACUAAGGAAGAUGAACAGAGGCUGAAGGAUUAUAUCCAGCAGCUCAGGAAUGACAGGGCCGCGGUCAAGCUGACCAUGCUGGAGCUGGAAAGCAUCCACAUCGAUCCCCUCAGCUACGACGUCAAGCCCCGGGGAGACAGCCAGCGGCUGGACCUCGAAAACGCGGUGCUGAUGCAGGAGCUGAUGGCCAUGAAGGAGGAGAUGGCGGAGUUGAAGGCCCAGCUCUACCUCCUGGAGAAGGAGAAGAAGGCCCUGGAGCUGAAGCUGAGCACGCGGGAGGCCCAGGAGCAGGCCUACCUGGUGCACAUCGAGCACCUGAAGUCCGAGGUGGAGGAGCAAAAGGAGCAGCGCACGCGGUCCCUCAGCUCCACCAGCAGCGGCGGCGGCGGCAAGGACAAGGCCGGCAAGGAGUCUGCGGACGCUGCCUCGCCAGCUCUGUCUCUGGCUGAACUGAGGACGGCGUGCAGCGACAGCGAGCUGGCCGCGGAGUUCGCCAACGCCAUCCGUCGAGAAAAGAAGUUAAAGGCCAGAGUUCAAGAGUUGGUGAGUGCCUUGGAAAGACUCACCAAGAGCAGUGAAAUCCGACACCAGCAAUCAGCGGAGUUCGUUAAUGACCUGAAGCGAGCCAACAGCAACCUGGUGGCUGCCUAUGAGAAAGCAAAGAAGAAGCAUCAAAACAAACUGAAGAAGCUGGAGUCUCAGAUGAUGGCCAUGGUGGAGAGACAUGAGACCCAAGUGAGGAUGCUCAAGCAAAGAAUAGCUCUGCUGGAGGAGGAGAACUCAAGGCCUCACACCAAUGAAACUUCACUUUAAUCGGCACUCAGGCUCCACAGUUCUGUCCGCGGAGGCUGAAGUCUAGCAGGUCACUGAGGAGAGAGGGGCCCCAGAGGACAGAGUAACCUGUUGGGAGAAGGAGAGAAGGGAAGGUUGGCAGGUAGGUCAGCACUUGGACAGUGGAGUGCCCUGGACUCAGCCCUGGGGCGAGUGGCCCUGGGACGCGGUGUAGACUGUAUCCAGAGGAUCCCGCGCCUCCCCUCCUGGGCUGUGGACGGCGUGGGAACCCCUGCCGUGUGUGCCGGCUCCGCAGGUCUUGCUUCUGCUUUCAGCACUGGCUCUAUCACUCUCCCACCUUUCUGUUCUGGAACUUGUGCAUUGGUGGUAUAAUCCAGGCAUCCAGGUUCAAGAUUUUCCAUUCUUUUUUUCUCUUUUUGGUAGACAGCAACCUUAUCUCUAACAUCCCUAAUUUCUCCUCCUUCCUUCUCCUUCAGGGGAAAACUGCCGGGGGGCGAGGGGGCAGAGCGGGGGUGGGGGGGGGGGUGCGGAGACAGUGCUUAGCAUUUAGAAGAACUGCUGCUUUGUUUAUUGCAACCAGGCUUUGGUUUUCGAGUCCCAGGUGUCAACAUUUAAGACACAGGCUGUCACUCAGAGGUGUUCUGGGAUGUCAAGCACAGGCGGAUGGCACACAGAUGGUGUUCCUUACAGUCCCAGAUAUUAUGUUGAAGUUACAGGUAGAGCAGUUGGGUCUGAACAGCUCUGUAUGGGAGAAUGAGAACUUCCUUCACCUCUCACUGUGAAAGCAGGGCCGGGCAGGGAGCUCUCUUUAGACUGAGAUUUCCCCGUCCUGGUGGAGCCUUAUUAACAGCCAAGGCUUGGAGCUGAGAGAAUCCCGUUGAUACGUGUAAGGGAACUAAACUUUUGUCAGGAGCAGAGGCGCAUUAGUACUUUCCACUACCCCAGGGCACUACAUAAUUGCUGUUCUACACGAAUCAAAGCUCAUCCACGUGAACAUAUAGUUAGCUCUGGACCUGCCUCCAGUUCUCUAAGGGCAAGAGGCAGAAUGCUGAGUAGGUAAUGUUUUGCAGGCUACACUCCUGUUACAAAGGGCGCAGGGGGUGAGGGAAGGGUUGUUGAGGCCUCCUUUUAUCCCCCAGAGACACGGUGAUGGGAAGCAUAUGGUGUUUCAACAGGGGAAAUUUCAAGCAAAAUGGUGACGGGACUGGGCAGGAACAAAGUACCUGAAUUCUUUCAGGAAGGUCUUCCAUUUUAAAAUCAAUUCUUCAUCCCUUUUCUACUAUAACCUUCCCUGUUGCACCUUUCACUUUUUUCAGUUCUUCUGUUGCUGCCAUUCGCUGAUUGAUACAUUUUAAAGGACCACUUUACCAUUUAUUCUGUAGCACCUGAAGACCCACCUGAAGCACCUAUGAGAAAUAUGCCAAUGCCACAGUUCACUAUGUUUUGCUUAUGACCAGGUCACUGCAUUCACUUCCCCCGUGUCCGUGAGCUGCUUUCCGAGGCCAUGACACAAGUUCCUCAGCUUCUGCACAAGGGGCAGGGACACUCUACUAGCCACCACCAUUGGAAGGCAGAGCAGUUCUAUCCCAAAGCAACUACCCUUCUUUCUCAGGCCAGUGGUGAGGCUGCCCCAUAUUCAAAAAAAAAAAAAGUUCAACUGGUAUCAGUGUGAAAGGCCCAGCUUUUGGAUGCUGUGAAAGUACCCACUGGCUUGUGUUUCUAUAAAAUUCAGGUAAAUUUGUUUCUGUAGAAUCAGGUAAACUUGGUUCUUGUGACAUUAAGUCAAUUUUUACUCUUCGGAUAGUUUCAUUUUGUUACAAGGAAAAUGUUUUGGCUGAAAAGUGUGUGGGAAAAAAAGGUGUAACAGAUGAAAUCAUGGUUUUCCCCAUUUUUCCAACAUGCCCAGGGAAAACGUCCUCCCUAAGCAACUGUGCAAAGCAGGGAACCAUUCAUGGCUUUCUCUUGUGUGAUUGAAAAGGCAAUCAAACAGAUGGACGGUUUCAUUUUCACACCAACACUAAAAAGUGUAGCUGAUGCAGGACCUCUGUCUACCAUUCUUGUUGCUCCAAGCGAAAACAGAACCUGCUCUUCUAGGGCCAUGGAACUCCUCCAGACCUGGGAAGUCUCAGCUCCUACAUUAUGAGCCCCAGUAUUACUGAUCCUACUUGGCCUCAUUUUGAGUUUAUACUUCAGCAUAAUACUUUCAGAUAUAUGGUGGUUGGGUGAAAACUAUUUCCCUGGCAAAACUGUUACUUUUAUAAAUGUGUAGAAUAAAAGCUAUUAAAUAGUUGAUUACCUUUCCUUAUAUUUUUCACAUACUCCCCUAAGACACAGUCCUUGCUGAAGGUGAACCUACGGGCACUUGGUUAUUAUGUUAAUUGCAGGGCUUACUAAAACCGCAUUGAUUAAAUAAAUGAUUACAGGUGCCUGGA